UGCACUCUCCAGCACCAAAUCAUCUGUCAGCAAGAUGAAGUUUGAGAACGUGCUUGCAGAAGUUAAUGGCUUUGGCAGAUUUCAGAUCAGGACACUUCUCUUGCUGGUCAUUCCUCGUGUGACUUUGCCAUUUCACUUCCUGCUUAAUAACUUCAUCACGGUGAUUCCUUCUCACCACUGCAACAUCAGUUCCUUAGACGAUGGAGAAAGAUUCAGGAAUUUGUCUCUGGCAGACAAGCUGGUUGCCAGCAUUCCUUUACAGAGUGAUGGGAGCCCGAGCUCGUGUCAGAUGUUUGCAGAGCCUCAGUACCACCUGCUGUAUAACUCUACCAACACCACAGAUCUACCUACGAUCCCAUGCCAGAACGGUUGGGUUUAUGACCACAGCAUCUUUAAAUCGACUCUUGCCACUGAGUGGGACCUGGUUUGUGAUAAGAGAAGUGUGAACAGAGCUACGGCCACCAUCUUCUUCAUGGGGGUUAUGACUGGAGCAGUGGUUUUUGGCUAUCUCAGUGACAGGUUUGGACGGAAAAGAACACUUCUGGUGUCCUACAUAAUGACCACCAUCUUUGGCUUUGCAAGUGCUUUCUCUUAUAACUUUGCCAUGUUUGCUGCCAUGAGAUUUUUCACUGGAUUUGGGAUUUCUGGAAUCAGUAUAGUCUCCAUUGUUCUAUGUGUAGAAUGGGUCGGAAUUGAGCAUCGUACCUCGGUGGGAGUCUUAAUGAGUUUGGACUGGAGUUUUUCAACGAUUCUGUUGCCCGGUGUGGCCUACUUUGUGAAUGACUGGAGAUACCUGACUGCCACUGUGACCAGCCCACUGCUGCUGGCUAUGAUCUGUUGGUGGUGGCUUCCAGAGUCUGCCAGAUGGUUGAUAAGUAAUGGAAAAGUGAAGAGUGCUCAUUUUUACCUGACUAAAUGUGCAAAAUUCAACCGCAGAGAAGAGUUCAUGGCUGACCUAAAGCCUGAGAUUCUCUCCAAAGUAAUUCUUGUUGAGGAUGAAAAUAGAAAAUACUCCUAUAUGGACCUUGUGAAGACUCCCAGAAUGAGACGACUUGCGCUACUAACUGGAAUUGUUUGGUUUGGAGUGGCCUGCAUCUACUAUGGAAUCAGCUUAAAUGUUCCUGGGUUUGGAGUGGACAUUUAUCUCACGCAAUUCAUCUAUGGCGUCACCGAAGUCCCAGCAAAAAUCUUCAUCAUUUUCUUUUUGAACAAAUUAGGCCGAAGAUUGACUCAGGCUGGAACACUUGCUCUCACAGGGCUGUGUUUGUUCUGCAGCAUUUUCAUCCCUCAGAAUUUGUGGACAGUAAGGACAGUUUUUGGAGCUUCAGGCAAGAUGUUUGCAGAAGCAGCUUUUACAACUGUAUUCCUGUAUACAACAGAGCUUUAUCCCACUGUGAUGAGGCAAAACGGACUUGGUUUCAGCUCUUUCACUGCUCGCAUUGGUGUGUCUCUGUCACCCCUGGUGAUGAUUCUUGAGGACAUCUGGUCUUACCUACCAAAUAUCAUUUUUACCUUCGUGGCUUGCGUUGCAGCUCUCUCAGCUUCUUUUCUUCCUGAGACACUAAACGUCCGUCUCCCGGAGACCAUCGAAGACAUUGAGCAGACAAGAAGACGAUCAAUAGCGACAUCUGAUGAGAAAGCGACUCUGUGACUGGUUUUGGGCAUGAAAAACAAAAUGGUCAAUUUCCACUGGAGAAGAAUUGUCUACAAUGUUAAUCUGCUAUGCUAUCACUUCUCUGUUGUUUGAUGAAAUGCUUUGAUGUCUUAAGCAGAACUUUUUUGUGUCUGACACUGAUUAGAGACAGUUAACUAUGUCUUGGUCCGAUGCAAAAAUUAAGUAAUUGUCAUGUAAAUCCUUGACGAAUCUAUAACUUUAAGAUAAAACUACACAUUAAGUGGUGUACAUUAGUAUUGUGACUGUGUCCUCUUAAACUUAUUCACUGACAACAUUGAGACUGCUGCAGUCUCCUGAUGGGAAAAUAAUCAGUCCCAUCAGGAAUGCGUGCAUGUCUGCCUUUUGUCUACAGGAGCUUGUUCAAAUCUGAUCAGACGGUGCCGACAAUUACCUUACAAUCCAUCGUCAGUGAUCCGAUGUCAACUACUGCUCUACAUGAAAAUAAAUGUGUAUCAUCAGAUAUGUGUCA